CUAACUAGCACGCUGUUGGACUGACCCGCGAACUGACCUCCUGAAACACCAGCUAUGGUGACAAGGACGCCAGCAUGGAGCCAGUUGGGGACUCCCGACAGGAGGAAAAGAAGGUGCUCGUGCUGCACGAGGCCUCCGAUCAGAUUCUGCCUCGCAUGGGCGGGCUUCAUCUUUCUGCUGACGUGGACAUGUCUCCUCUAUCGACCUUCGUUUCCCCCUUCAACUCGCUACAUUGGCUACCAGGCCUUUGACAUGCUCGCUUCGCCACACAGUCUCGCCAAGCCCCAGCAAGACCUCGAGGAACAGCAUUCCUCCACAGCGACCUCCGCUCCCAUCACGUAUGGCCCUUCGUUUCCGAACGACAUCUUUGCGCCCUUGGUGCCCAACACAUUUCCCCUCACUGAGAUCACCGUCCACCAGUGCUUUCGAUUUGGUUUCGAGGUAUGUCGACCUCCGAGUACUGCCGCAAAGGAUGCUCGGCUGGGGCCUUGGGUCAAAGUAGAUCGACCGCUAGACUCUGAGAGUGAGGUCAAUGAGUCCAAGGACAAGGGCAAGACAACGGGAGGCGGCGUCUUCGGCAACAUCUUUGGCUCCCUCGAGUCUCGCUACAUCUUCUAUAGGCGCUCCAAGCGCACCUCCGAUGUCCCUAACGUGGUCGAGGUACGUUUGGUCGAGCUGGGCACAGACCAGAACCCGCAAGGAGGGGAGUGGGCCGGGUGGCACAGGGUCAAGACCGAUCUGCGCAGCCACUACAUGCGCAUCUUCAUGCAGCUCCCACCGCUUCAUCUCUACUAUCGGACCGUUGGGGGUACAGACGAGGACCGAGUGGGAAUCGAAGCAGGCGAGUAUCACGAGCCUUCAAAGGCGGGCAACUCCACCUAUCAGCCAGUCACGGAGCUCGACAUCGUCUACGGCAAUGGCCCUCCCUGGCCCGGCUUCGAGCCCGUGGGCCAGGUGGCGCCCUACCAGCCUGAGUUCUCCUCGAGCGGCGUUAGACUUACGAUGCGCCGUGCGCCAAUACCAAACCCUCCGCUACCCGUUCACCCGCUCUUCAAGGCCGACGGCACCUUCAAGAUCGUCCAAUUGGCCGACAUGCACUUCUCCGUCACCCAUGGCGACUGCAGGGAGGUUGAUUGGCAGUCUUCGGAGAAACCCUGCGUGGCCGACGACGACACCAACGCCCUCAUUGGCCAGUGGCUCGAUGAGGAAAAACCAGACCUCGUCGUGUGGAGCGGCGACCAGCUCAAUGGCCAGGGCAGCAGCUGGGACGUCAAGAGCGUGCUGCCAAAAGUGCUCAAGGAGGUCAUUGACCGCAAGAUUCCCUGGGCUGCCAUCCAGGGCAACCACGACUCCGAGUCUGGCCACCUGAGUCGCGUCGAGCAGCAGCGCAUGCUCGGCCUUCUUCCCUUUUCGCUCACCAGGACGGGUCCGGCGAGCUUGCACGAUGGCGAAGGUGCUGGCAACUUUUACAUCGAGCUUCACUCUCCCGCCCCCGAUGACAUGCACCUCUUCACCCUCUAUCUCCUCGACUCGGGCAGCGCUGCGCCGAAAGACAAGUGGAAGCCGUGGAAGUGGAACGGGUACGACUGGAUCAGAAAGGACCAGAUCGAGUGGUUCCUCAAGGUCUCGGCAAAGUGGAAGAAGAUCGCACGGCCAUACAUACCCGACGGGGCAAAGGAUCUGGGAAGGCUGUGGAAGGUAAAGAGAAGGAGCGGUACCGCUUUGUCGCCUAGCUCCCUUGUGCAACGGCAGAGCGCCGCCACGGGCGAGGUAUGGAACGGCAAUGCCACAAAGGCGACGCAUCUGGCCAAGCCCAAAGCCCUCUUCUUUUGUCACAUUCCCAUUCCCGAGGCCUUUGCGCCGGUCGACAAGGACCCACACACUGGGUCCAAGCUCGAAUUUGGCGAGGAGCAGGAGGGAGCCACGUUCGAGGGAGGGCAGAAGAACGGGGGCAUCUUUGACGCAAUCGUCGCGCAGCCCCAGGAGGAGAGGGACGUUGUAGGCUUCUUUCACGGGCACAUGCAUAUCAAUGCAGCCUGCAGAAGGGUCACGGGCCUGUGGAUCUGCUUCAAUGGCGGCACUUCCUACGCUGGCUAUGGCAAGAUCGGCUUCCCACGCAGGACCCGAGUGAUCGAGCUGCAGCAGUGGGGAGAAAAGGUGACAACGUGGCACCGCUACGAGGGCCGAAAAGAGCGCAUCGACGAAAAUACCCUGUACGAAGAGGGAGAGAAGAAACAGUAGCUCUCGAAGUCCUGGGGUGCGACCUAUCGCGCUAUCUGUCCAGUCAUUCAUGCGAUUGUAUCAAUAUGAUCUGAUGACUUGAAUUGAAGAAAGCAGGUCCGUGCGG